GUCGGGGCGGCGUCACUGCACCCUCCGCCAGGCCCCGCGGGAUGCACCGUGGGAGCCGAGGGCGGAGGCGACACUCUCAGGUAAAUUGGCAGGAUGAGGAGCAGCAAAUCAAAAGAGGUGCCUUUACUAAAUCCAAGGAACUCUCAAAGCAAGGAUACUGUUCAAGACAUAACCACACCGUGGGAUGCACUUUCUCAGACCAAGGCUGCUCUGAGACAUAUUGAAAACAAAUUAGAAGUAGCCCCUUCAAGUACAGCUGUGUUUGAUUCUGUCAUGGAUGCCAAGAAAUCUUCUGCAAGUGCUAUCCGAAAAAUUAGUAGAAAAGACGGUAGAUACCUGGAUGAUUCUUGGGCCAAUGUUCCAACUUCCAAGUCUGCUAAAUCACGAAAAGAGAAAUCUCGUAGUCCUCUCAGAGCUACCACCCUGGAGAGUAAUGUGAAGAAAAAUAAUCGUGUGGAAUUUCGUGAACCUUUGGUUUCCUACAGGGAAAUCCUUGGUGCAUCUUCCAACUUAAGUCCCAGCCAUCUGGAGUCAAAGCAUGUAUAUUGUGUGGAUGUUAAUGAAGAAAAGGCUGCGAGCGGGAACCGGAUGCUACACAAUCAAGAACGGAAUAUACAUUGCUGUGACUUUGAGAGCUCCCAAUCAUCUGUCAUCAGUGAUACAGUUGUAAGGUUUUUAAAUGAUCGACCAGCAGUUGAUACAUUGCAUAAUUCAGAAUGUUUGAUUAAGAUGGGAACUCCUAUGAGGAUUGAAGAAGAAAUGCCUAAUAGAGCAAAAGGAAAUGAGAACAGUUCAAAGCUUUCUGUGAAUAACAUGGGCCAUGAUGUUGAUCCAAAAAUGUUACGGCUAACUGACUCUUCUCCAUCCUCUGCUAGCACUUCUAGUUCCCAAAGGUUAGAUAUUUUAAAGCGGCGACAACAUGAUAUUAAACUGGAAAAACUCAAGGAACGGAUUAGGAAACAAUGGGAACACUCAGAAGAAAUAAGUGGCCGGGGCCAGAACCUGGGUCCUAUUGAUCAUCCAGUAAUGGUUGUUAAUGUUGAUAGCUCAGUGACAGCAAAAGUCAGGAAAGUGGCAACAGCACCCCCUGCUCCGACAUAUAAAGGUUUCAACCCUUCAGAGACCAAGAUUCGAACGCCUGAUGGGAAAGUAUGGCAAGAGGCCGAGUUUCAAAGCAUGAGUAGAGAACUGUACCGUGAUUUAGCACUUCACUUUGCAGAUGAUAUCUCUAUAAAAGAGAAACCUGCUGACAAAAGUAAAGAGAAGAAAGGGGUCAAGCCAGUACGAAAAGUUCAAAAGGUAACACAGUUAUCAAGUCCAGAAUGCAAAACAGGUAAUAGUCGUGUGAUAAGUACAUCUUCUUGGCGAGAUGGACAAAAAUUAGUAAAGAAAAUUCUGGGACCUGUGCCCAGAAUAGAGCAGAAAGAGCCAAGAACAGCAUCCAGUGACAGAAAUGGAAGAGAAAAAACUACUAAAUCUGGGGGUCAUAUUGGAAGAGCAGAAUCUGAUCCCAGGUUGGAUGCUUCACAGAGACCUCUUCCACGAAGCUCAGAACGUUCAAGAAGUAGAGCUCGGUCUGAAAAUAAUAUAAAGAAGUUAGCUCCAUCUCUUCCAGAAAAUAAACAGGAGGAAAGUACUGCCUUAAAUAAGGACUUUUUACCUGUUGAAAUCCGUGGCAUUCUUGAUGACUUACAGCUAGAAUCUACAGCUCAGACCUCUAGGCCAGAAACUGGAGAGUUACAGAAUCAGAAGGCAUCAGCACCUGUCCAGGUUCCUCGGAGUCAUAGCCCAGUGAAAAGAAAACCUGACAAAAUAACAGCCAACGAAGAGCCCCCUGUUAUUUCCAAAAAGCGCCAUUAUGACACUGAUGAGGUACGACAGUACAUUGUUAAACAGCAGGAAGAAAGGAAGAGGAAGCAAAACGAAGAGAAGAAGGCUCAAAAGGAGGCUACUGAACAGAAGAAUAAACGAUUACAGGAACUCUACCGGAAACAGAAAGAAGCUUUUACUAAAGCAAAAAAUGUGCCUCCUGAUCCAUCAGCAGCUAGAAGGCUACAGGAAACUUACUCCAAAUUGCUACUAGAAAAGACCUUGCUGGAAGAGCCAGCUCAUCAACAUGUUACACAGGAAACUCAGGUCAGACCAGGGUAUCAGCCAUCUGGAGAAUCUGACAAAGAAAAUAAAGUACAGGAACGUCCCCCAAGUGCAUCUUCCAGUAGUGACAUGUCUCUAUCAGAACCCCCACAGCCCCUUGCAAGAAGAGACUUGAUAGAACCUACAUGGAUGCAGCCUGACAGAUUGAGCCCACGGAUUCAUAACUCCCAACCACAACCUCUUGUUGGAACAGCUGGAAAUUUACUUUCCCAUCUCUUAAAUCUAGAACAUGUAGGAAUUUUGCAUAAGGAUUUUGAGUCUAUGUUACCAGCCAGGAAGAAUCAUAAUAUGACUUCAGGACCAUUAAGUUUUACACCUCAACCAUAUCUGACCUCACCAGCUGCUCAUCCAGAUGCCUUGUUAAAACCUAGUGCCAGCCAGUAUAAGAGUAAACUGGAUCGUAUUGAAGCUUUGAAAGCAACAGCUGCUUCUUUGUCUAGCAGGAUUGAAAGUGAAGCCAAGAAAUUGGCUGGGGCCAACAUUAACUAUGGGUCAGUGUGGAACACUGAGUGUGAAGUGCAGCAAGCACCUCAAGAAGAUGGACCUUGGACAAAGGCUCAAAGUCCACCUGUGAAAGAGGAUACCGAAGAUGUUUUUUCUGCCCGAAUUCAAAAGAUGCUAGGAACCUGUGUAUCUCAUACAACUUUUGAUGAUGAUCUUCCUGGUGUAGGCAACCUUAGUGAAUUUAAAAAGCUUCCUGAGAUGAUACGACCUCAGAGUGCCAUAUCAAGCUUCAGAAUAAGAUCCGCUGAUCCCAAACCAGGAGGGCUGCUGGCACAGUUGUGUAAGAGGCAGACUGACUCUCCUAUCCCUGAUCUGCAAACCUGUUCUCAAGAAAAAGCCAAAAUGUCUCUUUGUUCCAGCACAGACUCAGUCAGUGAAGGGCCUCUUCUUAGUGAGGGUAGUUUUUCUGAAGAGGAGGGAGUCCGGGAUGGACGGCCCCUUUUAAAGGUGGCAGAAAUCUUAAAAGAAAAGGAAUUUUGUGCUGGAGAAAGAAAUACUUAUGAACCCAUCAAAGAGUUUCAGAAGGAAGCUGAGAAAUUCUUGCCACUUUUGGGACACAUAGGUAGUACACAAAGCAAAGGACCAUGGGAAGAAUUAGCAAAGGGAAGUCCACAUAGUGUCAUUAAUAUUUUUACCAAAUCAUAUCAGUUAUAUGGAAAAGGGUUUGAAGACAGAUUAGAUAGAGGAACAUCAGCAUCGCGGCCUUUGAAUGUCACUACAACCCCUCUAAGCAGUGUUUCUUAUGAAGAUGAUUUUGUUUCCUCUCCAGGGAGUGGGACUUUGACAGAAAAAAAAUCAUCUCUUGAGCCUAAUAUUGGUGGCAGCAAUAUAGGCACUCAGGAGGACCAUCGUAGCAGAAAGUCUGCCUAUGAUCUUUCCUCUGUUGAAGUUACUUCCCAGCAUUCAUCUGGAGCCCAGUCUGUUGCAUCAUCUCGUUCAUCUACUUCUUCUAAAGGAAAGAAAGGAAAAAAAGAAAAGAUGGAAUGGUUGGAUUCAUUCACUGGAACUGUUCAAAACACACUUAUUGAUGAGGAAAAAGUACAGUCUAGUUCAGAACGUGGUUCCCAUCAAGGAAAGAAAUCUGGGACCAAUAGCAAACUCUCUGCUAAAGAUUAUGAGCAAACUCUUGACGUUGAUAGCACUUUGGAAGAACUUUCUGGGCAUUCUGUGAGUGUCUCAUCAGACAAGGGAAAAACUCCAAAAACUCCAACUUCUCCGCUAUCUCCAAGUUCCCAGAAAUUGUUACAGUUCGACCUUCCUGGGACUUCCUUAGAAAAAUCUAAGUCCUCAGUGAUAAUUCCCGCAAGUACAACAGGAUUUAAACCCAGUGCAUCUUUUACUGAUGUGAACCUGGCUGCUAGCAGAACAGCUACAGAGAUGACUUCAACACCAGGUUCGAAACGCUUUUCUCCUGCUGGCCUCCAGCAUCGUAUGACAGCAGAACUCAAUUAUCUGAGUGCCAUUGAGGAGUCAGUGCGCCAACUGUCAGAUGUAGAAAGAGUUAGAGGCAUUUCACUUGCUCAGCAGGAAAGUGUGUCUCUGGCUCAGAUCAUAAAGGCACAGCAGCAACGCCAUGAAAGAGAUUUGGCCCUUUUGAAACUGAAGGCUGAACAAGAAGCUCUGGAAUGUCAGAGACAAUUAGAAGAAACUCGAAACAAAGCAGCUCAGGUCCAUGCAGAAUCAUUACAGCAGGUGGUUAAAUCACAAAGGGAAGUAACCGAAGUCCUUCAGGAAGCAACUUGUAAAAUAGCAGCUCAACAAACAGAGACUGCUCGCCUAACUACAGAUGCAGCUCGCCAGAUCUGUGAGAUGGCAGAAUUGACUCGAACUCAUAUCUCAGAUGCCAUCACUGCUUCAGGAGCUCCUCUUCCAACGCUGUAUGAUCACCAGCAGCAACACCUUCCAGACUUCAUGAAACAAUUGAGGACCAGAGCUGAAACAGAUAGGAUAAGUCAAUCUUUUUCACUCUCUCAGAGUAAAGAAGAGACCCUUGACACAAAGCAUCAAAAGUAUUCCCCUUCAUUCGAUACUUACUCUGAGUCUUCAAGAUACAAGAAUCAUGAUCAAAGAAGUAGUAGCAGUAGCAGCCGUCAAGAAAGUCCUUCAGUUCUGUCUUUUAAAGAAAAUGAGAAGAAACUUUGUGGUGAAAAUAUGGAGAGUUCAAUUGAUGAACAGGUUCAGACUGCUGCAAAUGAUUCUUUACGAAGUGAUAGUGUUCCAUCUCUUCCUGAUGAGAAAGAUUCAACUUCUGUUGCAACAGAAUAUUCUCUGAAAUUUGAUGAAUCCAUGACGGAAGAUGAAAUAGAAGAAAAAUCUUUUCGAUCUUUACUACCUUCUGAGAGUCAUCGCAGAUUUAACAUGGAAAAGAAAAGAGGCCAUCAUGAUGACUCUGAUGAAGAAGCUUCCCCAGACAAGACCACACUGUCUUCUGCCAAGGAGCUGAGCAUGCCAUUCUCAGGAGGACAAGAUAGCUUUUCUAAAUUUACUAUGGAGAUGGUUCGACAGUAUAUGAAGGAAGAGGAAAUGAGGGCAGCUCACCAAUCUUCACUUCUGCGGCUUCGUGAAAAGGCUUUGAAGGAGAAAACCAAAGCUGAAUUAGCUUGGCUAGAACAUCAGAAAAAACAUCUACGAGACAAGGGAGAGGAUGAUAAAAUGCCCCCACUCCGGAAAAAACAGCGUGGUUUGCUUUUAAGAUUGCAGCAAGAGAAGGCAGAAAUUAAACGUCUUCAAGAAGCCAACAAGGCAGCUCGAAAGGAAAGGCAGCUGAUCCUUAAGCAGCAGGAGGAGAUAGAAAGGAUCCGACAGACCACCAUAAAAUUGCAGGAGAAGUUGAAGUCUGCAGGGGAGAGUAAAUUGGACUCUCAUAGUGAUAAUGAUACAAAAAAUAAUAAGGCAACUAGUCCUGGACCAACUGAUUUGGAGACCCGUAGUCCUUCUCCCAUCUCAAUCUCCAGCAGUGAAACUAGCAGUAUCAUGCAGAAACUGAAGAAAAUGAGAAGCCGCAUGGAUGAGAAGUUUUUGACAAAGCGAGAGCAAAAACUAAUGCAGCGACGGCAACAUGCAGAGGAGCUCCUGGAGUGGAAGAGACGGUUAGAUGCAGAAGAAGCGGAAAUUCGUCAAAUGGAAAAGCAGGCUUUGGCUGCCUGGGACAAAGAAUUAACAAAGCCGAAAACUCCUAAGAAAGAACCAGAGGACCAGAGAACAGAUCAUAAAGAAAUAGCAAGCGAAGAGGAAUCUCCAAUACCUUCCUCCUCUCAUCUAAACAGUGAAAGCUCUAUUCCAGAAGAAUUGGGUAGCCCUGCUGUUAUAUACAUACCAUCUGAAUCUAUUGUACAGGAACAGCCAGGGAGUCCAGAUCACAGUAUACUUACUGAAGAAAUGGUUUUUUCACAGGAACUAGAAUCUUCUACUUCUCCUAGUAAACAUUCACCUCACAAAAGCUGCACAUCUGUGUCAAAACAGGAGUCUAGCAAAGGAAGUCAUAGGACUGGAGGAAUAUGUCGUCUGCCUGCCAAAUCCCAGCAACACUGUUAUAGUUGGUCAGAUGAGUCAUUAUCUAUGACACAGUCAGAAACUACAUCUGAUCAGAGUGACAUUGAAGGCAGAAUCAGAGCUCUAAAGGAUGAGCUGCGGAAAAGAAAAUCAGUUGUGGACCAGUUGAAGAAGGAACAGAAAAAAAGACAAAAGGAAAGACUGAAAGCCCAAGAAGCCAGUCUGAUCAAACAGUUAGAGUCAUAUGAUGAAUUUAUUAAGAAAACUGAAGCAGAGCUUAGCCGAGAUUUGGAAACAUCACCAACAGCCAAACCUCAGAUUAAAACGCUCUCCUCAGCUUCUGAAAAACCCAAGAUCAAGCCCCUCCCACUACACAGAUCUGAAACAGCAAAAACCUGGAAAUCACUAACAGAACCAGAACGUUCCAGAGGAUCCUUGGAAUCCAUUGCUGAACAUGUUGAUGCUUCAUUGUCAGGUUCUGAGAGAUCAGUAUCAGAAAAGUCUUUAUCUUCAUAUGCAAAGAGAAUGAUUGAAUUGGAUAGUCGAACUGAAGAACAUUUGCAGACCCCAUCUCUAAUUCUCAGAUCAUCAAGGAAAACCAGGGCAGAAUCUGGAGAUUCUUUAGAAAAUAUACUUUCAUUACCUCUGCUUAAGGAAUUGAAUGCCUCUAAUAUAAUUCUUGAUGUGUUGGGUGCCAAGGUUGAAGAAUCUAAUCAAAAAUCAAAAAUAAAAGAAGUAGAAUAUGCAAAAUUGGAGGAGAGUGAGAUUGAAGGUGCCUAUUCAAAACUGUCUGGAAAAUCUGAUGUCCUGCUGAAACUAGACCUGAAACAGGAAGACUCAUCUGAAACUGUUUCAAAGAAAGAUUUUCCUUUAGAUUCUGCAAAUGUUCAGAAAGAUUUAGUUAGAUUAUCCAUUGAAAAUCUUCAUAAAAAAGAGGAAAUGUUAAAAGAGAGAAACUCAGAUCAAGAUAUGGAUCACAUUGCAGACAUGCAGUCAGGAGAAGACAUUCAUGAGCAAAAGAACAAAGAGGAAAAGAACUUGUCCUUGUCAGAACAUCAUUUUGCUCUAAAAGACUCGUCAUACUCUGAAGAUUUUGAAGUGUCUUCUUUCAAGAAAGAAAUUUCAGCUGAAUUGUACAAAGGUGACUCUGAAAAGUCAUCUUUGUUGUCACUCAGGAAAGACUCUCAGUCUUGCGGAGAUAAGUCACAGCCAACAAGGAGCUCUAAAAGUAGAGUCAGUGGCUUUGGUAGUGAUGAUGAAAUCAGUGAGUGCCUAAGUGGGAAAAGCCUUUCCAUUCAUAGCAAUGUUCAUUCUGAAAGACUGUUAGAACUUAAGUCCCCUACUGAGCUAAUGAAAAGUCAGGAACGCAGUGAUGUGAAACAUGAACAGGAGGUUACUGAAGCCCCUUCCUUGGCUUCAGUUUCUGUUGCAGAUGAGUUACUUGAUUUCCACAUUGGUGAUAGGGUGUUGAUUGGCAAUGUUCAACCAGGAACUCUUCGGUUCAAAGGUGAAACUAGUUUUGCUAAAGGAUUUUGGGCUGGAGUGGAGUUGGAUAAACCUGAAGGAAAUAACAAUGGAACAUAUGAUGGCAUUGUAUAUUUUGUAUGCAAAGAGAAACAUGGUAUUUUUGCUCCUCCUCAAAAAAUAUCUCAUAUUCUAGAAAACUUUGAUGACUAUAUAGACAUAAAUGAAGAUGAAGACUCUUAUUCAAAUGAACAAUAUCAAAACUAUAGUCAAGAACAAAAAGACACAGAGGGUUCAAAAGAUAUAGAAAAAGAUGGAAUUGGAUGUUUUUAUGAGAAAUCUCUACCUAGUAUGCACAAUAUAGAAGCCUCAGUGAACAGAGAGAGAAGUCUUAAAGUAGAAACAGACAAUACACAGGACAUUUCUGGGGUACUUGAAGCCCAUGUUCAUCAGCAAACUUCAGCAGAUUCACUGAUUUCUUCAAAGGAAAACAAAGACCUUGUUUCUGAUGCCACAGGAAAGGUUUCCAUCACUGCAGAAGAUGAUACUUUAGAUAAUACCUUUUCUGAAGAAUUGAAUAAACAACAGCAGUUUACAGAAAAGGAAGAGAACCUAUAUUCCGAAGUUUCAGAGAAGCUUUCUACUCCACUUCUAGACCUUCUAACAAAAGAAAAAAACCAAUUAGAAGCCCAGCUGAAAUCAUCACUGAGUGAGGAAAAGAAGUCAAAGCAACAACUAGCGACAGUCAGCUUACUGACAGACAGUUUACUGAAAGACUUUGUGAAGGACACAGUCAGUCAGCUACAACAAAUCAAGAAAGCCAGAAAUGAGAAAAUUCAGCUGAGUAAUCAGGGGUUUCUUGAUGAUGACCAAAAGAAAGUAUCAUCCCAGGACCCGUCCCACAAUCUUGAGGAAGAGUCACCCAGUGUUCCAAAUUGCUUCUUAAGGUCUGAAUUAGAAGACGAGAAAGAAGAGAUCUCCUCUCCAGAUAUGUGUCCCAGACCUGAGAGCCCAGUGUUUGGUGCCAGUGGGCAGGAAGAGCUCGCUAAGAGACUUGCUGAACUUGAGAUCAGUCGGGAGUUCCUGAGUGCUUUAGGAGAUGAUCAAGACUGGUUUGAUGAAGAUUUUGGAUUGAGCUCUUCUCAUAAGAUCCAAAAAAAUAAGACAGAAGAAACAAUUGUACCUUUAAUGGCAGAACCUAAAAGGCCACCCCAGAAGCCAUGUGAAACAUUAUUGGCAGUCCCACAUACUGCAGAGGAAGUAGAAAUUCUUGUACAUGAUGCAGCAGAAGAACUUUGGAAAUGGAAAGAAUUAGGCCAUGACCUUCACAGCAUUAGUAUUCCUACAAAACUGCUUGGCUGUGCCAAUAAGGGACUGGAUCUAGAAAGUACUAGUAAAAGGGUCUAUAAACAGGCGGUUUUUGAUUUAACAAAAGAAAUUUUUGAGGAAAUAUUUGCUGAGGAUCCCAACUUGAAUCAACCUGUCUGGAUGAAGCCAUGUAGAAUCAACUCUAGUUAUUUCCGACGAGUGAAAAAUCCAAAUAACCUGAAGGAAAUCAAGAACUUCAUAACAACUGAAGUACUCAAGUUGUUUAGUCUCAAAAAGGAGCCAAACCACAAAACUGAUUGGCAGAAAAUGAUGAAAUUUGGAAGAAAGAAAAGAGACCGAGUGGAUCAUAUCCUGGUACAGGAGCUCCAUGAAGAGGAGGCACAGUGGGUGAACUAUGAUGAGGACGAGUUGUGUGUGAAGAUGCAGCUGGCCGAUGGGAUAUUUGAGACCUUGAUCAAAGAUACUAUUGAUGUUCUGAAUCAGAUCAGUGAAAAACAGGGGAGAAUGCUACUUGUGUGACAUCUUGCAAAUAAAUUGAACACUGAGUGCUAACAUGAGUCCUGGGCCUUUCUGCCUCCUGAUAGACACCCCAUCUCCAUCAUAGCAAGAGUGCUUCCGGACCUUGCACCUGUUCUUAUGGACUGCUGUUUUAGAACUCAUGAGACAAUGCAGUAUAUCUGGUAUUACAGCCUUUGCCUUUAGAGACUGUCCACUGGAUUACUUGGUUAUUUUUGAUGGGCAGGGUCACACUCCUGAUGUUGAGACACAGUAUAACCCUAUACUUCUUGUUAAUACCCUUCCUAGAUCUCAGAAGAGGGCUGAGAACACCAGAAGCACCUCUGAGCUUAGACAAGGGUGUCACUUCUUGAGUCUGAAGUCAGGCAAGCAAGAUACAUAGAUCAAUUCGUCAUAUUAUUUUUGAAAUGUAAUCCUGUUCUAUACCAUGAAAGUCAUAAUGGACAUUAUAGUAUUAAACAGUAUUAAACUCUUAACCACUUCUAAAAUAGGCAUGUUUAGGGUCUGCCUAUUUCACAUUCUGGAGUUUAUUCCAUUGCUUUUUGAAGACCAUUUUCUUCCAUUGUCGCAAUUGAGCAGCACCAAGCGGACUGUGAAGUUAACAGAAAUAAAUGGUAGCCUUGCUUUCUGAGCACCACCUAAAGAACUGUAAACCUUUGUGUUACACUUAUUUUUCCUGUCUGGGCAUGAAAACAGAAAUGCCCCACUGAAGACUGGCUCAAAGGACUUCUGCAGGGCUGGUUCCUCUGCCCCUUUUCUUACCCCUGCACUUUUCUUACUCGUCCUGAACCUCUACCAGCUGCUCCCAGAAUCAGAUACUCAGGACCAUCUCAGGCAUCCAGGCAUGGCAAAAGUGGAAAUAAUUCAUUUUGGCCUUCAAACUUUCAACUCCCAUCUCUCCCCAAGAAGUCAGAGACGCUGUUACUUGAAUGAUUUAGGAAAUGAGUGUGUGCACCAAAGACAAAAAGAUAUUGUCUGUAGUUUGUGUGCUUGUUUUGCUCUAUGGAACUUUUUUUAAUUUAUUUUAAGAUAAGUUAUUAAGUUGAAAACGUGCGUCCCUAUUCAGAAGUGAAAGAUUCUUCUUGUAAUAGUUAAACCUCUGUCUUGAAGCUUCUAUGGUUCAUAGUCUUUGCACAGGAAACCUAUGGUUUUAACAAACCCAAACACACAUGGAAGAGGUCAGUUAAAUUCAGUGAAAAGAAGAUGAGCUUUCCUAAGAUCACCUGCAGUAGCCGGAAUGGGAUAAAUGAUUUAAAGACACUGUAAAAUUUAAUUCUGCCUCUCUUGCAGCAUUGCUUUUCACAACUAUUACCUGUAUCUGAAACAAAUCUAGACUCCAGCUGCUACAUUCGAGCAUAGAAGAUGCUCUCCUGGGACCUCAGUACCUGCCUUCCUGCCUGGUUCCUCUGAAUCAGUCCCCUCCCUCUUCACAUAAUCUAGAAGAAUGUGGAUAAUCUUAGGCGUGAAUGUAAAUGCCUUAACCUUGAAGGUCCUGAUUAGAAGCAUGAUAUAAGACAUCCACUGGAUUCAUAGUUACAAAUAUCCUGGAAUGUUAUAGCUUCAAAAUGUGUUAGAAAAACCCCAAAGAUGGUAUGAUAUUUUAAGUGUGCACGUUUUUUCAUUUCUGCAUCUUUCCUCCACACUCGCCUUUGUGUCUUAAGUGUCUCACUAUGCACACGUCCGUUCAUCUUCAGUUUCACCCUGUCAUUACAAGAAACUUCCUGAAGUAAUCAUUGGAAUAUUUGCAUUUUGCACAAUGACUGGUGUGAUAGCUCUUGACAAAUAAGGAAAGCACUGAAAUAUUGUGAUUGGGCCUGGGGAAAUGCUCAGAUUGAUGUAUUAACAGCAUUUCUUCUGUGCCUUUGAUGUUGAGCUGUAGUCUUGUAGCCAUAAUGAGCAAAUUGACUAAGAGAAACAAAGGUUUCUCGGGGUUAUUAACCAGUAGUGUGGAAAUAUUAUUUUCAUGUGGCCAAGGAAAAGCAAAGACAUUUCUUUCCACUUUGGUUACUUGUGGCAAAAACAUCAUAUCAGCAUCCUUUGGCUGUUUGUAGGAUCACAUUGUCCUUAUAAUACUGAAACUUUACAGCUGCUGUAAAUUUUUUAUAAAUGAAUAUCAAAGUACUAUAAUAGGAAUCUAGUUGUUUUUCUACAUCUUCAUUAUUUGGACCUAAAGUCAGUUUUUAAUAAGAAAAUUUAUCUUUACUCCUUAUGACAUUAUGACUCCAGGAAAGGAAAAGAGUGCUGCUGUAAGUCCAUGGCGGCAGGGAUCUGGACUCGGAGCCCCGGAGGAAAGGCUGCCAAGAAUACAGCAGUGGCGUCCUGCUCUCCGCCAGCUGUCUCUGCCACCCAGAGUCCAGGGCUCCAUAGAGGGGCAGGAGAGUCUUACUCGUUGUUAGAAAUGAUCAUCCAUAGUUUGGGAGCAGAAACAAAGGAAUUUAUAAUUAACAGAUUUCUGAUUAUUUUAACUACUUGGAUCUAAUUGAAGUAGGUUUAUCGUUAGGAAUGGUAAACAUGGAUACCCAGCCACUCAUUCCGCACUGGGAUCUUUUUAAUCAAACUCUGCCUCUUAACCAAGAACCUAAAGAGUCCCUCUUUCUAAUCUUUGCUCCUUAUCCCCACACCCCAUCCUCUUUUCAGUCUUCAUAAUUCCUCUAAGAAAAAGAUCUUUGCAUCAGCAGUAAUAUCUUUUAGAAUAGUACUAUCAGAAUUUAGUAGUAAACCAACAUGUAGGCUUCAGAUCUACUUCUGAGUCCAAAACAAUUUGUGCUCUCCAGAGCAGUUGACUCUGGGUUAAAUAAGUACAGGGUAUAGAUUCCCUCUUCAGGUCUAAACAGGAAUUUUUACUCUAGGGAAAGUGGGAAGAGCUCAAAAGUAGUUAAUAAGGAAGGUAAUUUGUUUUUCUUUUUCCUAAAAGAAAAGAAAAUUCCUUCUGUGACUACAGGUCUCUGAGAAAUUAUCUUUCAAAAGAGAUUUCGUUGCUCAUCAGAGUGUUGUGGCCUAUUGAUAAAAAAAAAAAAAAAAAACAAUUUUGUUCACUUUCUUGUCUUGAAAAAAAGUGGCCUUAGCUUUUUGCAAUACUUGAAUAAAGUGUGUACUCGCAAAAGAAUUUCUGUAGCACAGCGUUAGAGACUCAUAACUUUUCUGCAAGAAAUUCAAACUUACAUCUUCCUUUUACUACCUUAAAAAUACUAGUGAAUAAAACAUUAAUUCAAAGAGCAAGCGAUAGAAACUACAAUGAUGUUUAAUGCAAAUUGUAGGAAUUUACAUGUUUACAAACCAUCUUAAACUGGUUGUGCAGCAAUUCAAUAAAAUAUCUUUGUAUUAUAAAAAUGUGAAGAAAAAAUGUAAACUGAUGUAAAGGAGGUACUGUCAUUUUAAUUAACCUAUGUUUAAUAGCUUUUCCUUCUGGACUUUGCAAAGCCUUCUUGGUAAAUACAUUGCAAAGCAUUUUCUGGGAGGCUUGGCCUCCUUGUGUGUACUGUACUGUGCAGACAUGAAAAAUAAACCCGUUUACUGUGUACGUGUAAAUCGCCUGUCAUCAGGCAUUUCCAGCCAAUAGUCACAUCCAGUGCAGCUCUGCACAGAAGACUUGGGGUGUGGUUUGUAAGUAUGACCUGUAAAAUAACUGGGACGAAUUCCCAUGUAAACCUGUGUAAAUAGAUUUGUUAACUAAAAUGUACUUUAAGAAAAGAAAAUCUGUAAAUAAACUGAUUUAUAAGUUA